GGUGCCAACUUCAUUCUGAUUCAGUGGGAAAGAGUAGGCGGCCAUGUUUAGAGUUCUGGGUGGAAAUUGAGGAAAAAAGUGUGUUUUCCGGACGGAAAAAUUGCCCAAAAGUGUCCAUUUCUCCGCAAAUUUGUUGGAAAGCGUGCGAAAGUGACGAUGGUUGACUUCGAUCUCAACGUGGACAGCCUCAUCAAGAGGCUGCUCGAAGUCAGCAAAAUUCAUCAUCAACAGCAAACGAUGGAACACGGCAGGAAAAAGGGGAAAUUCAAAGAAAUGUUUUCGACUGAUUUUGUCCGAGGAUGCCGCCCGGGGAAGUCGGUGCUGAUGACGGAGGCAGAAGUGCGGGGCUUGUGCCUCAAGUCCCGGGAAAUAUUUCUGCAGCAGCCAAUAUUGUUGGAACUCGAGGCACCGCUGAAAAUAUGUGGCGACAUUCACGGACAAUACACAGAUAUGCUGAGACUAUUCGAAUACGGUGGAUUUCCACCGGAGGCGAAUUAUCUCUUCCUCGGCGAUUAUGUUGACAGAGGAAAGCAAUCUCUGGAGACAAUUUGCCUAUUGCUCGCUUACAAAAUUAAGUAUCCAGAGAAUUUCUUCUUGCUCCGUGGAAAUCACGAGUGUGCCAGCAUCAAUAGAAUUUACGGAUUUUAUGAUGAAUGCAAACGGCGAUAUAACGUAAAGUUGUGGAAGACCUUCACGGAUUGCUUCAAUUGCCUCCCCAUUGCUGCAAUAAUUGAUGAGAAAAUCUUCUGCUGUCACGGCGGACUGAGUCCCGAUUUGCAAGGCAUGGAGCAGAUUCGGAGGAUUAUGAGACCCACCGAUGUUCCUGACACAGGACUCCUCUGCGAUUUGCUCUGGAGUGAUCCUGACAAAGAUGUGCAAGGCUGGGGUGAGAACGACCGUGGCGUGAGCUUUACGUUCGGGGCGGACAUUGUGACGAAAUUCUUGGGUCGACAUGACUUGGAUCUAAUUUGUCGCGCCCAUCAAGUGGUUGAGGAUGGCUAUGAGUUCUUUGCGAAGCGACAACUCGUCACACUCUUCUCUGCGCCCAACUAUUGUGGCGAAUUCGACAAUGCCGGCGGCAUGAUGUCUGUCGAUGAUCAGCUGAUGUGUUCAUUCCAGAUCUUGAAGCCAGGCGAGAAGAAGGCGAAAUAUCAAUACAGUGGAAUGAACUCGGGCAGACCGUCGACGCCGCAGCGUAUACCACCGCCUCCAUCGGUUGCGUCCAACAAGAAGAAAUAAUAUCACUUAGUUGCAUAUUCAUAUUCAUGAUAAAAAAAGAAUAUUAAUGUUAUAAAGAGAGGGAGAGAAAGAGUGUGUGGAAGGGAGCAAGAGGGAGGAUGGAAAUACAAAACAACACAACAUUACAUAAAGAAAGCGAGGAGUUUGAGGAAAAUAUGAACUUGUGGAUUAGAGAGAAAACACUAAACAAGAAGAAGAAAAAAAAACUUGUAGAAAUGUAAUUUUUAACGAUGACAGAGCUCUCGUCUUGUCUUUCUUAUUAGCUAAACCAAGAGGAAGAAACUUAUUUAAAAACAAAACCCUAAAAAAAUGUUUGGAUAUGGCAAAAGAAGCUUUAUUUUUCGAUGUGAAAAAACACGUAUGAUUAAAAGAAAAUUCACAUCACGAGAGUAUAAUAUUUAAUAAUAAAUCACGGUAUGAAGGAAAAAAAUGAGUGAAAAGAACGCGAAAGCUCUGAAAUAGUGAAAAAAUGCAUGUCUGAAGGCAUGAAAUGAAGAGAUUUGGAUGGAAAGGAAGAUGUGAAUAAAAGGAUUUUGCACCUUCUUAAUAGAGAAAGAGAAGAAAAAACACAGAAACAACACAACAAAUGGAAUCAUUGGACAUUUUUCAAUCAAUUCUAACCUGUAAAUUGAACUUUUUUCCUAUUUAGGCAAUAGUUGAAAGUAUAAGUCUUCGUAUUUCUAAGAUUUUUUCAGUUAUUUAGCCUUUAUAUAGUCCCAUUUUCUUCGUAUAUAAGAGAGAGAAAAAAACACGAUUCAUAAAUUUAAAACAAAUAAAAAUAACAAUGAGAGAAGAUUUGUAGUUUAAGCCACUUUUUCCUAUUGGCUAUUUUUUUCAAAAACGAAAAAUAAAACCACUGAAAACCACUGGUUUAACAACAAUAAAAAAAAACGUAUUUAAGCUCUAGAAAUUGAUGAGAAGUAAAAGAAAGAAAGAAAAAGAGUGAAAGGAGAUUUUAAAGAAAUUUUAUUCUUGAUGACAAAUGUUUAAACAAAGAAAAGAAAAAAAGAAAAUGAAACUAAACUAUUUAAAAUAAAGUCUUGUAGAAAGCAACAAAAAAA